AUGGCGCCUCUACUGCAAAACGCCUCGCAGCAGGAGGAGCCGCGACAGGAUCUCCCCAGGCCCUACAAGUGCCCUCUCUGCGACAAGGCCUUUCACCGUCUGGAGCACCAGACUCGCCAUAUCCGCACCCACACUGGAGAGAAGCCCCAUGCCUGCACUUUCCCCGGCUGCACAAAACGUUUUUCUCGCUCAGACGAACUCACCCGACACUCGAGGAUACACAACAACCCCAACUCACGGCGGGGCAAGGGCCAGUCACACGCUGCUGCCCACCAGGCUGCUGUUGCUGCCGUCCAAGCUGGCCUCAUGGAGCCCGGAGGUGGCCUUAGCCACAUGAUGCCUCCUCCGUCAAAGCCAAUUUCACGUAGCGCCCCAGGCUCGCAACUUGGCUCUCCCAACGUUUCGCCUCCCCACUCGUUCUCAAACUACUCUCCGAGCAUGGGCAACGAUUUGGCUGCCUACCACACGGGCGGCUUCAAUAGCAACAGCAACAGUCCCAACGGCCUAUCUCGCCCCAUGGACUUGCUUGCAGACGCAGCGUCAAGACUAGAGCAGCGCCCGGGCCACUUCUCCCACUCAAGUAGACAUCACAUUACGAGCGGCUACCACCCGUACGCUAGUCGUCUGCCCGGUCUUUCCCAGUAUGCCUACUCGUCGCAGCCAAUGUCAAGGUCUCACUCGCACGAGGACGACGACCCUUACACACACCGAAUGACGAAAAAGUCAAGACCGGGCUCGCCGAACUCGACUGCCCCGCCAUCGCCCACGUUUUCCCACGAUUCUUGCAGCCCCACGCCUGACCACACUCCCCUUGCAACCCCCGCACACUCACCAAGAUUACGCCCGCAUGGCUUCAAUGACCUCCAGCUACCCCAUUUGCGUCAUCUGAGCCUCAACCAAAAUUUUGUGCCUGCACUCGCGCCAAUGGAGCCGUCGACAGAACGGGAACAACCCUACGUGCCUAGCCAGUCAUCUGGCCUGCGCAUCGGUGAUAUCAUCUCGAAACCCGAGGGUGCCCAACGCAAAUUGCCGGUUCCGCAAGUCCCCAAGGUGGCCGUACAAGACCUCCUGAACGGCCCUAGCAACAGCGGCUUCUCGUCCGGCAACUCAUCGACGACGGCCUCCAUGGUCGGCGAAGAUCUCUCGCACCGCAACUAG